UGGAAGUAUCCUGUUCUCCGCAGGCGCUAUGUGGUUGCGGCCGUCCAUCUGGCUCUGCUUUCCGCUGUGUCUUGCUCUGCCAGGCCAGUCUCAGCCCAAAGCAGCAGAUGACCUUGGUGGCCUCUACUGUGGGCCAAGCAGCUUUCAUUUCUCCAUAAAUCUUCUCAGCCAGGACACAGCAACUCCUCCUGCACUGGUGGUUUGGGACAGGCGCGGGCGGCUGCACAAGCUGCAGAAUGACUCUGGCUGUGGCACGUGGGUCCACAAGGGCCCAGGCAGCUCCAUGGGAGUGGAAGCAUCCUACAGAGGCUGCUAUGUGACUGAGUGGGACUCUCACUACCUCAUGCCCAUUGGACUUGAAGAAGCAGAUGCAGGUGGACACAGAACAGUCACAGAGACGAAACUGUUUAAGUGCCCUGUGGAUUUCCUAGCUCUUGAUGUUCCAACCAUUGGCCUUUGUGAUGCUGUCCCAGUGUGGGACCGAUUGCCAUGUGCUCCUCCACCCAUCACUCAAGGAGAAUGCAAGCAGCUUGGCUGCUGCUACAACUCGGAAGAGGUCCCUUCUUGUUACUAUGGAAACACAGUGACCUCACGCUGUACCCAAGAUGGCCACUUCUCCAUCGCUGUGUCUCGCAAUGUGACCUCACCUCCACUGCUCUGGGAUUCUGUGCACCUGGCCUUCAGAAAUGACAGUGAAUGUAAACCUGUGAUGGAAACACACACUUUUGUCCUCUUCCGGUUUCCAUUUAGUUCCUGUGGGACUGCAAAACGGGUAACUGGGAACCAGGCGGUAUAUGAAAAUGAGCUGGUAGCAGCUCGGGAUGUGAGGACUUGGAGCCAUGGUUCUAUUACCCGAGACAGCAUCUUCAGGCUUCGAGUCAGUUGUAUCUACUCUGUAAGUAGCAGUGCUCUCCCAGUUAACAUCCAGGUUUUCACUCUCCCACCACCGCUUCCGGAGACCCACCCUGGACCUCUUACUCUGGAGCUUCAGAUUGCCAAAGAUGAACGCUAUGGCUCCUACUACAAUGCUAGUGACUACCCGGUGGUGAAAUUGCUUCGGGAGCCCAUCUAUGUGGAGGUCUCUAUCCGUCACCGAACAGACCCCAGUCUCGGGCUGCACCUGCACCAGUGCUGGGCCACACCCGGCAUGAGCCCCCUGCUCCAGCCACAGUGGCCCAUGCUAGUCAAUGGAUGCCCCUACACUGGAGACAACUACCAGACCAAACUGAUCCCUGUCCAGAAAGCUUCAAACCUGCUAUUUCCUUCUCACUACCAGCGUUUCAGUGUUUCCACCUUCAGUUUUGUGGACUCUGUGGCAAAGCAGGCACUCAAGGGACCGGUGUAUCUGCAUUGCACUGCAUCGGUCUGCAAGCCUGCAGGGGCACCGAUCUGUGUGACAACCUGUCCUGCUGCCAGACGAAGAAGAAGUUCUGACAUCCAUUUUCAGAAUGGCACUGCUAGCAUUUCUAGCAAGGGUCCCAUGAUUCUACUCCAAGCCACUCGGGACUCUUCAGAAAGGCUCCAUAAAUACUCAAGGCCUCCUGUAGACUCCCAUGCUCUGUGGGUGGCUGGCCUCUUGGGAAGCUUAAUUAUUGGAGCCUUGUUAGUGUCCUACCUGGUCUUCAGGAAAUGGAGAUGAGUUACUCAGACCAAAUGUGUCAAUAAAACCAAUAAAACAA